AUUCAAUGACCUCGAUGUUAUCGUGGGGGAAACGGAGAGUAUUAUUCACCGACCCUAGUAUUCUAUGAUACGCACCCUUUGUUUUUGUACGAGCUGGCACCCUCCCGAUGAGCCUCAAACGGCAUAUCGUUUACGUGGCGUGAUCAGUACGGUGCGAAGUUGUCCAUCCUGGAGAUAGUAUACCCCGUUGGUAUCAUCUGCAUUGCCUCGUCAAUACCCCCGGUCCGCGACCAUUCUUCAUCACAUGGAUCAACAUGCAUGAUUCUUAGGCUUCUUUGCCGCUGCUAAGGGUAUAAUAAGAACAGAGGAGUGCUCUAUGAGGUUUCAGCCUUCAAGCUGACCGCCUCCAAUUCGCCUCGGUAGUUCACCUAGCUCGUUGAGGGGCUAGCUUCUCCCUUCCUUCCAUGCCAACCAAAUGCAUAUCUAUUGGGGAGAAGGAAAGCCCAAUUUCACCACACUCUGAAGAGGUCAUUUCCCCCACUUCAGAGAAGGUCUAUGGUGAAGGGGAAUGCGCAAGCAAUGAUGGAGAUGCAAUCUUCGUCAAAGGAGAGCCAGUAAUUGCCACGGGAAGGGAUGUCUCAUUCUAUCUAGUUGAUCCGCGGGAUGACGGUGACCCUGCCUUGACCUUCCGCUCGCUUUUUAUCGGCACCAUAUUUGCAUGUCUUGGAGCGGCCCUUUGCCAGAUAUACGCAUUUAAGCCCGUCCAAGUGUCGGUAUCAACUGUCUUCCUUUUGUUGCUCAUCUACAGCGUGGGUUUGGCCUGGGCUAAGUUUAUUCCCCGGCGCUCUUCUGUCGAAGGGACGCGAUUUGAGAGGCUCGGACCUAUUCUCGAGUUCUUCAAUCCUGGUGACUUCAAAAUCAAAGAACACGCUAUUGCCACCCUGGUCGCAUCCACUGCGGCCCAGGGCAAUACUGCUGUACUUAACUUCGCAGUUCAGCGUCUGUAUUACAACACUGACGUGAAUGCAAUUACCGCGGUUCUUGCCACGUUCUCCACAUCCUGCUUUGGAUACGGACUCUGUGGGCUACUGCGACCCCUGACCGUCUAUCCAAGUGAAAUGGUUUAUUGGUUGAACCUACCUACUGUUACCAUCUUCCAAUCACUCCAUUUCGAUUCUACGGCCAACCGCAAGCGCAUGAAGCUGUUCUGGCUCGCUUUCGCAGGCAUGUUCAUAUGGGAAAUCUUCCCGUCCUACAUCUUUCCGCUCCUGAAUGGCAUCAGUGUACUUUGCCUCGCUUCUCAGCAUGCCAACCCAUCUAUCCAGAACAUGUUUACAAACAUAUUCGGUGGCACAGACGGUAAUGAGGGUUUGGGUCUCCUGAGCAUUUCGCUCGACUGGCAGUAUAUUACAUCAGCGUACUUGAGUUUGCCAUUGAUCCAGCAAGCGAAUUGUUGGGUUGGAUAUGCACUGUGUUACAUCAUCUUAGCCGUCAUCUACUAUUCCAAUGUCUGGAACUCUUUGACUUUCCCGAUGCUGUCCACAUCGAUAUUCUCCUCCAAUGGAUCCGUCUACGAUCAGUUAACUGUGUUCGGCAGUACUUCCCAAUUGAAUCAAACAGCUUUGAAUGAAGUCGGUUUGCCUUACAUGGCCGGUUCGAAUGUGUGGGCUAACAUCACGGCAAACUUAUCUAUUGGUGGUUUGUUGGCACAUUGCAUAUGUUUCUGGGGACCAUACUUGAGGGACACUCUUCGGAAUACGCAUUCUGACAUACAAUCCGAUCCACACUGGAAAGCUAUGCAAAGGUACAAGGAAGCGCCAUUCUGGUGGUAUAUCGGACUCCUUGUUCUGGCGUUCUUCAGCGCGCUUAUUGUGAUAUUUAAGGGACAAACGACCCUUCCCUGGUAUUCUUAUAUAGUCGCGUUACUACUUGGAACUUUCGUUACGCCCUUCUCCCAGCUGCUCUUUGCCCGCAUGGGUAAUGGAAUCGCCACCAACCAACUGAUGAAGAUGGUUGGAGGUGCAAUAGCCCCUGGUCGCCCAGUUGCCAAUCUCUACUUUUCCAUGUGGAGUCACGAUGUCAUUUCACAGUCCAUCGGUCAAUACCUGAAAAUCCCCCCACGGGUCAUGUUCCUUACACAAGUUUGGGGCACUAUUCUAGGAGCAGCUAUCAACUACGUUGUGAUGGUUUCAAUCGUGAAUGCACAACGAACCAUCUUGGUCGACCCAAAUGGCACCAACGUCUGGAGCGGCCAAGUAGUGCAGCUUCUCAAUACUGACGCUAUAACUUGGUCACUUGCGAAAGAAUUGUAUGGCCCUGGUGGACGAUACUUCAUUGUGCCGUUGAGUUUGCUUAUUGGCGUCGUGCCUACUGUUAUUCAGUGGUUUGUUGCGAAGCGAUGGCCUACUAUUGGACCAGUCAAGGUCGACAGCAUCAUUUUGCCUAUCAUAUACAUGUGCUCUGCGAUAAUGUCAUCCGGCACGAAUUCCACGAUCACCUCUAGCAUCAUCGUUGGCCUCGUCUCACAGUUUUGGCUGAGAAAAUAUCAUCCGGGCUGGUUCAGGAAGUAUAAUUACAUCCUGGGAGGUGCUCUAGAUGGAGGAGCACAAGUGAUGAUUUUCAUUCUGUCGUUUGCUGUCUUCGGCGCGUCUGGCGUACCAAGACCUUUCCCUGCGUGGGCUGGCAACCCCGCAAAGGGGAACGUAGAUUAUUGCAAUGGAAACGGUGCGCUCUCUUGAGGUAUCUAUAUACUUUGCGGUUUCGGUCUGUUAUGUUGGUUUGGGGCAUCCAUCUGAUGGUUGAAUGGGGUAUUACGUGUAUGACGCUUGUUAAUGGCCAAUGGUUUAGGGAUCGCUUGUGCGUGCCGUUGGUCGGUACACCGGCGCAACGAGUGUUGCCGUGGGAUGACAAAGCCCUAGUAGUAGACUAUUGAUAAAAGAUCCAGUUCAUCAAGUGCG